UUCAGGGAUGUGGCCAUAGAAUUUUCUCCAGAAGAGUGGAAAUGCCUGCACCCUGCCCAGCAGAAUUUGUAUAGAGAUGUGAUGUUGGAGAACUACAGAAACCUGGUCUCCCUGGGUGUUGCUAUCUCUAACCCAGACCUGGUCACCUGUCUGGAGCAAAUAAAAGAGCCUUACAAUGUGAAGAUACAUAAGAUCGUAGCCAGACUCCCAGUGGAUAUGGGGUUUCACCAUAUUGGGCAGGCUGGUCUUGAACUCCUGAAUUUCAAGGAUUUCAGGUCUGUUUCAUUGCUUUGGAAACUCAGAGACAUUCAAUGGCCUCUUUAUUCCAAGUCAGACCCUGUUUCUCCUUCACUGACCAACAAGCUCCAGUAA